UAAAAACAAAUCUCUCUCUCUCUCAAUCUCUCUCUCUCUCUCUCUCUCUCUCUCUCUCUAUCUAUCUCAAUACAAGAAUUUCUCAGUAACUAGCUGUUGCUUAGUCUCUUAGACAAAGAAAAACUAAACAUGUCUCGGUCUCUCUCCCUCUCUCUCAAACUGGAUUAGAACUCCGCGUUAUUUCCUUUUCACAUUUCACUCACCCACAUACAUAUACAUACAACACAUUGUAUAUCUCUUUUCUUUUCUUCCAUCGUCAACUUAAUGAUGGUUCCUCUUCUCCUACUCAUUCUUUUUCAACUUCACAAUCUUGGUCUUACUCAUCUACCAUUUUCUUAGCUCCAAAUCUUUAUAGUAAAAAACAACCCUUUAGAAAGAGCUUCUUGCCGGAUAAAGAACCCAUUUUGAUCAGCCAAUGGAAACAAAUAUUGAAGCUAAUCUACCUUCUGAUAAGCAGAUGAUUGACUCUGUGAAAGGCGUUGUAUGCCAAAAUUGUUGUCGUCUCCUUGAUAGCAAAGAUGUAUUUCAGGAAUGGACUAAUUUGCCACCCGGUGUAAAAUUUGAUCCGACAGAUGUUGAGCUCCUGGAUCAUCUAGCAGAUAAGUGUGGAAUAGGAAAUCGAAGACCUAAGAUGUUUAUUGAUAGGUUCAUCAUCACACUUCAGGAGGAAGGUGGAAUCUGUUACACCCAUCCUGAACAUCUACGAGGUAUCAAGAAAGACGGAAGCAUUGCACAUUACUUCUAUAAAUCGAUGAACGCAUAUGCCUCUGGAAAAAGGAAACGUCGCAAAAUUCAAAGUAAUGAUUCUGUUAGGUGGCACAAAACAGGUAAGACCAAGCUUGUGAUGGAGAAUGGUGUAAAAAAGGGCUAUAAGAAAAUCUUGGUUCUUUAUACUACUGUAACAAAAGGUUGCAAGCCUGUCAAAUCUAACUGGGUGAUGCAUCAAUAUCAUCUCGGAACUGAGGAUGAUGAAAAAGAGGGAGAAUAUGUGGUUUCGAAAGUGUUUUAUCAACAGAGGCAUAAUCCUAUAUCCAAAGAGGAUUCAGUUUGUCCAGAGAAAGAUAUUUCAGGUCCGGACAAGCAAGAAGACUCAAAAACUAACAAUGAUAUUAAGAUAGAUAUUGUACGGACACCUGCACAGGAAAUGGAGAUCAUUAAGAAUUUACAUUAUACUUCUCCAUCUGGAUCUCAAUCCAUAUUUGAGACAGACUUCCCCUCUUUGUCUGCAGAAGAAAUUGGUAAACCUUCUUCACCUUGCAAGGAAGAUAUUACAAGCGAAACUGAUGGAAUCACCGAUCUUGAGGAUAUUCCAGCCAAUCCUCGAGUGCAUUCUGUUCUGUUUGAGGAUUUUACGUUUUUUUCAGAGGGUCACUUUGAAUGGGAUGAUAAAGUGCAGACAGAGCACAAUGCUGUCACUUCACACAUGUUUAACUGAAUCUAUGUGCCAAAGUAAUAUGUUCUUCAGUAUGUUGCAUCAAGGCUUUGUGUCAGCAGAGCUACCGAGUCCUGAGAAUCUGGAUAGCUUCUACUUAUUAACAACAUUUUAUCAUCUUAACUUAAUCAUAAUUUCAUUUCUGAGAUCAUGAUAAUUUUAUCACUCACUUGUAUUUGUUGUUGUAGGUAGAUGUUGUUCGACAUUGUGUACGGUAGUGUAAUUUUGUAUCACGAGAGUAGUCAUUUACCGGUGACUUUGUUACUUUCGAACCUUGAGUGCAGACUUUGUAUCA